AAAUUUCAACACCUAAUUCGAAAAAAUAAGGGUUAACUUGAUUUGCAGAGAACAGAAGAGACAGGAAGAAAGGAUCCAAAUCAGAUUAUGGCUACAGACAGUAGCAAAGAUUCAUCACUGAGAAUUUGUCAUCUGUUAAUGGCUGCCCUUUUCGCCCUCUCCACCUGCUUCCAAUUCAACGAUCCAGAUUGGUAUUUAUGGAUUCCUCUGUACGCCGCCGCUUGUGCUGCCAAUUUGAAAAUUCCCAAUUCGAAAAUAUUGGCCAAGUUUGGAUUUUGGGUUGGAGCUUUCUUGUUUGUAAAAGUUGCUGCAAUCGAGGGGGUUCUUGGGGGGACACGUGUCGCCUGGUCAUUGGGUAUGAAGGAUAGGGUUGUGAGGGAGACAUUUGGGAGUGGGCUGGUGGUUAGUUCCAUGUUCUUGUGCCUGGAAAAUCCAUCCAGCUCGAAUCAUUCUGGCACACUUUCAAAAUAUGGGUUGAAGAUGCUGGUUGGAGUUUCGUACGGCCUUAGCUUGUUCUUCUUUGCAUUUCAAUAUGGCGAAAUGAGGUACUGAUAGUUAUUGUAUUGUUUUGUAGAAUUUUUUAAUGUUUGUCGAAAUUUUGGGUGAUUUGGUUGUGUUUCUUACACUGCUGAUGAUAUGACUGAUGAAGAAUGUUUGAUGAAAUUGACAUUGUUGCUUGACUGGUCUGAUCGAGACAUGUAUUUACCGGAAUUAAUUACUCCCUCAAGUUGUUCGAUGAAAUGCCUCCCGAGGAAUUUUUGCAGUAGACAUUUUGUUCGAUUAAAUUC